CGUGCAUCCCUCUCUCCGGCUGAAAUAUUUUGACUGUACGCCUGGAGAGGGGUGGUUUAAAAAAGAAGUGCAAGUCGUCUUAGAAGAGGGGGAGGCAUCAAUUUGUAUAGCCUCCACUUGGCACCCCUUUUUUUAUUUUUAGGGAUACUCCCCCCUCCUUCAGCAAAGGAAUAGCAAAAAGAUUUCUUCUUCUGCGUUAUUGUUAUGAUCGGUUGCAAUAUGAGCCAGCGCGAGCCCGUGUUGUUGACAGACGCCUCGGCUCCGAGGUGCGCGUGUCAGCGUGCAACAUAAAACGACAAGAAGAAGAAGAAACUAAAACGGGGGAGAAAGGGACGAGAAGUGAGAGUGGAAGAACGCGUCGCUGGAUGUUUUAAUAGGUUUUGGUAGCUUUCUCGGUGUAACGCAGCCGAGUGGGUAAACAACUGGGAUCCAGUUCAGUUUCUGCAAUGGCUUGCGUCGUAAAAUGGAUGUCAUAAGGAAGAAAUAAUGAAAACAAGGACACACAAGGAAUCGAUGCCCAUGCGCAGUGGGCGACGGAGGGGGGCAAGUGAGGAGAGAAGGGGUAGACGCCCGCACGCCAGCCCCACUCGCCCUGAACGCAACGACAGACAGACGCAAAGAAGUGCUGGUGAGGAAUUGGCUGGAAAUCGCUUCAGUCGCAGAUCACAAGGCCAUGAUUCAUCAGAGAGCGAGGGGGAGGAACUUGUGUCUCCUCCAAAGAGGCAGAAAGUUCAGGAUUCGGUCUCUACCCCAAACCCUCCAACAUCAACACAUAUGACUGAAAGUUCGACUCCUUCCACUGUCCCGCCUCCGACCACCGUUCCCAGCCAAUCUCGCGAGAGUGACAACGAAGAUGGCCAAUCCCAGGGCAGCAGAAGUUCAGUUGUCGGGAGUCUGGCCAACAGCAGCAGUAGCCUGAGCAGCGGGCGGGAUAUCGACCAGGACAAUCGCUCCUCAUCUCCAAGUCUUUCUGCGUCACCUUUGGGUAGCCUGGACUCUGAUUCUGAUGGCCCCGACUCACCAAAGCAAGGAGAACGAGAGAAAGGUAAAGAGGGAGGAGCAGGGAAGGUCACAGGAGAGGAGAGGAGAACACUACGAGAGACGAGAGGAGAAGAAUCCUGCGGCGAUGGUGAAAAGCGAGAUGUGGAGACAGUUGAGGACUGCCCGUCUUUAAAGCCCCCCUCCACUCCCUGCUCUUCUUGUAGUCUGACUCCUUCUCUCCGUGGAGCUGGAGAUUCAUCAAACGACAGCAGUUGUGGGAGGAAGUCAUAUUUCUCCCUGGACUCUAAACUAAUGUGUAAAGUUGAGUAUGGUACACCAGCGGGUGUUGAAGGUGCCCUAAGUGGUAACAGAAUGACUUCCAAAGCCAGCACACAGUGCAUCAACAAGACAACUAUCUCUGGUGGAGAUUUUUCACACAACAGCCCCCACUCAUUACCCCCUCCACUUCCUCCUCCGCCAGCUCUGAAGCCUUUGGAACAUGGCGGUCAAAGCUUGCCUGCUGAAGUUAAGAUAGAGAAAGACAAAAGUGAAAAAUCAGACAAACUCUUGGACAAGACUCAGUCAACACCUCCCUCUCUGCUGCCACAGGCCGGCCCCCAGCCUCAGCCUCAGACCCAGCCCUCUAGCCAUCCCCACCACUACAGCUCCACCAGUUGGCAGGGUGGCACAGCAACUGGUUGCCAGGGUAGCUGGGGCUACUCUCGUUACUCUGGCAACCACCACCCACAGCACCAGCCUCCUGUGCAGCAGCAGCAACUCCCCUCUGUUUACAACCCUCCAUCCUCUCGCCACUCCUCCUCCCACCCCUCUUACCUCCCCCAUCCUCAUCCCCACCCCCACAGGGAGUACCUUCCCAGGUAUGCCGGAGGGGGAGGGGACAGAGAGAGAGGAGCUGCAGGAGAGAGGGAGAGGGGAGCGAGAGGGGAGUGUGGGGGGAGAGAGAUCAACCGAGAGUUUUCUGCUCCCAUUGGCAACAGCAGCAAUGGUAGUGGUGGGGGCAACAGUAAUAAUGGUUGUGGUGCCAUGGGGGGGUCCAACAGCAUUCCAGGUCGGGAGUUUGGAGGUCUAUCAGCGGGGCAAAACCGAGAGUACCAAGGUAGUGGAAGAGAUGGAACUAAUUUAGGCCCAGAAAGAAGAGACUUUGGUCCAGCUUUUAGGGACAGGGAGCGAGAAAGGGAACGUGAAGGAGGAAGGGAGUUUAAUCUGCCAAAUCAAAACCAGAGUAGAGACUUUGGCCCCAGUGGAACCACAGGGGGGCAUCCCAGAGACAAAGAUGGCAACAGAUGGGGUGAGUUUGUGGGCCAGACAAGAGAGGUUGUGAGCAACAGCAACCCCAACAACAACUCCAUACCACAAGGAAACCCUCCAAAUUCAACCGGUGGCUUACCAGUCACUCCUAUCCUCAACCGUGACCCACCUUCAUCUCCCCAAAACAAUCCUAAUCACCCUUCCCAUUCGUCACUGCCCUCACACCCCCACUCUCAUCCUCCAAACCAAUCAAACCGGGACUUUCCUCCUCCCAUUGACCAGACACAAACAUCCUCCUCUGGAGCAGACCACUUUCACAGAGAGUACCCUCCGACUGGAGGAAAAGACUUUCCAACUGGGGGACCUCCUUCAGCUGGCACAAAUCGGGAGUACCUAAGCUCCCCUGGGGUAACUCCAAAUCUGGGUCGAGAGUAUUCAGGACCUGGAGGAACACAACAUCUUCACCCACAACACCCUCACUACCAGUCUGGUCCCAAAGACAGGGAACGGGACGCAAACCUGCGAGAGUCUGCUCUGUACCAAAGCCGCGGGGGGCCAAGUCAGCCUCCUGCACUCUCUCCUUCCUCCUCUUCUAGUCAUCAUGGACAAUACCCACAUCCAACUCCUCCACCAACUCUACCCUCACCUCAAGCUUCCCAUGCCCCCCCACCUCCCUCCGGUAUUGGACCCUCUGUACGUCCCUCACAUUAUCAGUCCUCAGCCCAGACUCCUCCAACACCCCUGUCUCCCUUACCCAGCCCAUCUACCAAUCAGAUGGGAGCCUUCUCGUCCUUUCCUUCUGGUUCCUCAUCAGCUCCCAGCAUACAAGUUCCUGCACCAGGUGUGCCAUCCAGCUGUUCACCUGGAUGCCGUCCUUCAUCAUUCCAUGGCACUUUGAACAACCACCCUCAAUUCAGUGGAACAUAUCACUCUAAUGGAAACAAUGGCAGCUUUGUGGCAAACACUAGUAGCAGCAGUAGCGCAGCCAGUAGCAGCAAUACCAACUCGCAGUCGCUCUCACCACAAAAUGUCUCAAAGGUUCCUCCACCUCUUAGUAACUCCACCAACAACAGCAACAUCUCAACACCUGCCUCGAGCUCUUCCCAUCCUGGUGUAGAAGGACAUCCAGAUUCAAGCCUACCUCCUACACCUGUCAUCAAGGAGGAACCCCCAGAGGAAAGAGAGGAGAGUGAAAGCCCACCGCCAGUGCUGAAAAGUCCUUCUCCUGAACCAAAACAUGUGGAUAUUCCUAUUCACGCCAGCCAAUCAGCACGGUUUCACAAGAUUCUUGACCGUGGUAGCGGAAACUCUUGCGCCCGCAGUGAUGUCCUUUUCGUCCCAUUAGACGGCUCCAAGCUGUGGAAAAAGAGGAAUGAGAUGAUUGAAAGGGCUCGCAGGGAAGUUGAGCAGAGGGCCAGAGACCUGAGAGAGAAAGAAAGAGAAAGAGAACGUGAGCGAGAGAGGGAACUGGAUCGACAUCUACAGCAGAAGGAUGUCAGCGCUGCUGGAGGGGGUCGCCAGGGCUCCUCACUCUUCUUCCCCCCCUCAUCCUCCAUCAUUCUUGACCCUUCAUGUUCUUCUGCUUCUUCCUCCGGCAACCCUGUCUCCCACCCUCCCUCUCAUCCCCAGCAUCACCCCUCACAUCCACAUGCUCACCUUCCUCCAGCACACCAUCUACAUCCCAGCCUCUCCCACUCUAUCCCCCACUCCCUCCUCUUACCAUCCAUGGGUGGGUCCUCAGCAGUAGUUGGGGGCCCUCAGGCGGCCCUGGGUAUAGGUUUAGGAGGUCCAUAUUUAGGCCCUGACACACCAGCGCUGAGAACUCUGAGCGAAUAUGCUCGUCCGCAUGUUAUGUCGCCACUCGGGGCUGCAAGUCGUGCUCAGGUGCACCACUCUCAAGUCCACCACGGUCACCCCCACGUUCACCCAUCCUUCUUCCUUCCCCAGUUUCAGAAUCAUGCUUUAGGCCACCCACACCACCUGCCUACUGAUGCUGCAACAGCAGCAGCCAUCUUGGGCUUCUUGUAUGGUGGCGGCCUUGAAGGCGGUCCGGGUAUUGGUGGGCACCCCGGGAUGGCAGGAGGCCCCGUACCUGGAGGAAUUGGGGGAGCAGGUUUAGGAGGUGUUGGAUUCCCUCAUGCAAUGGCUGCGCAUCGAGAUCGGAUAAAGCCCGGAUAUGAGUUUAAGAGUGAUGAGCGAGUCUACCCGCCAGUAUCCAUAGCUGAUCCUGCAGCAAUUGCUCUCGCUCACUCACAUUCACAUGCCCACGCUAAUUCCCAUGUACAUGCUCACCCCCUGCUCCUUGGAGGAGGUGCAGCAGUAGCUAAUGAGGUGUCACUUUAUGGUACUCCUCCGCCUCCAGCUCCACCUGGUCCUCCUCACCUCCAGAACCCAACUCUGGCAGCUGUAGCUCGACCCCCUAACCCCCCUGCCCCGCAGUCCUUGUCCAAUCUACCUCCUUCAUCUCUCCUCCCACCUUCACUCCCCUCUCACCCAUCAUCUGCUCCACUGACUGCCCCCUCAGCCCCGGCAGCCCCUUCUGCUCCGCCUCCAGCACCUCCUCAGCCUGGUCCGCCGACUUCCAACGCCACCUCAAUUCAUCACCCUGUCCCCCAUUCUUCUUUUCCCAGCUCUCUGUCCUCUCAUUUGCCACCACCCCCUGCCCCCGCUAAUGUGACGCCUCAUCAUCACCAGCAUUCACACAUCCACUCACAUCUUCACCUGCACCAGCAAGACACAGCGGCGGGCGGGGUUCACCCCCUGAUGGACCCGUUGGCGUCGGGGUCUCCUUUGACACGUCUCCCUUACCCCGGAGCCACACUCGGCGCUCCAAUCCUGGCUCACCCCCUCACUGACAGCGAGGUGCUCCGCCAGCAGCUGUUCGGUGCUCCUUUCCGUGACCUGCCCCAGCCGUCCUCCCUCUCUGGUCCCAUGUCAGCAGCUCACCAGCUCCAGGCCAUGCAGCAGGCCCAGAGCGCAGAGCUGCAGAUCCAGAGACUGGCCCUGGAACAACAGUGGAUCCACCACCAUCACCACCACUCCCUCACCCAGGACGAGUAUUACAGUCACCUGAAGAAAGAAAGUGACAAGACCCUGUGAGGGAGGAGCAGCCAGA